CCUCACUUUCUUUCUCUCCCUCUGGCAUGUAUGCUGCUGGUAGGAGCCCCCUAAGUAAAAACUGCUACAGAAAUCCUUACUCCUUCCUCAGGAAAACUGGAUGGCUUCUGGAUCACAGCUCAGUUUUUAACGUGAACACAAGCUGGACGACCUUCUGAUGGGCUUUCAACUUUGAAGUGGAUGUGGACAUUUUUCUCUCCAAUGACAGAAUCACUACAACUUCCUCUUUGCAGUUGCUUCCUUUCCUUAAAGGUAGCUGAAUCUUGUUGUCUUUAAAAGCCUGUUCCUUCCAAAGUUGCCUGUCAUGCUAACCGUCAUUAGCACGUCUGUGGCCCCACAGACAGGGGCUGAGCCCAGGUCUCCGGGGCCAAUCCCCCAGGCAGACCAGGGCAAGGGCACCGAGGCCGGUGGCGGAAACCCAAGUGGCAUCUACUCAGCCAUCAUCAGCCGCAAUUUUCCCAUUAUCGGGGUGAAAGAGAAGACAUUUGAGCAGCUUCACAAGAAAUGUCUAGAAAAGAAGGUUCUUUAUGUGGAUCCUGAGUUCCCACCGGAUGAGACCUCUCUCUUUUAUAGCCAGAAGUUCCCCAUCCAGUUCAUCUGGAAGAGACCUCCGGAAAUUUGUGAGAAUCCCCGAUUUAUCAUUGGCGGAGCCAACAGAACUGACAUCUGUCAAGGAGAUCUAGGGGACUGCUGGUUUCUCGCAGCCAUCGCUUGCCUGACCCUGAACAAGCGACUGCUUUUCCGGGUCAUACCCCAUGAUCAGAGUUUCACCGAAAACUACGCGGGGAUCUUUCACUUCCAGUUCUGGCGCUAUGGAGACUGGGUGGACGUGGUUAUUGAUGACUGCCUGCCGACUUACAACAACGAACUGGUUUUCACCAAAUCCAACCACCACAAUGAGUUCUGGAGCGCUCUGCUGGAGAAGGCUUAUGCUAAGCUCCAUGGUUCAUAUGAAGCCCUGAAAGGUGGGAACACUACAGAGGCCAUGGAGGACUUCACAGGAGGAGUAACAGAGUUUUUUGAAAUCAAGGAUGCUCCCAGAGACAUGUACAAGAUCAUGAAGAAAGCCAUCGAGAGGGGCUCCCUCAUGGGUUGCUCCAUUGAUGAUGGCACAAACAUGACCUAUGGAACCUCUCCUUCUGGUCUGAACAUGAGGGACUUGAUUGAGCGGAUGGUGAGGAAUAUGAAUAACUCGCAUCUCAGGGAUUCAGACCUCAUCCCUGAGGGAUUCUCAGAUGACAGACCGACCCGGACGAUUGUUCCAGUUCAGUACGAGACAAGAAUGGCCUGCGGGCUGGUCAAAGGCCACGCCUACUCAGUCACUGGGCUGGAGGAGGCCCUGUACAAGGGUGAGAAAGUGAAGCUGGUGCGGCUGCGGAACCCCUGGGGCCAGGUGGAGUGGAAUGGCUCCUGGAGUGACAGUUGGAAGAACUGGAGCUUUGUGGACAAGAACGAGAAGGCCCGUCUGCAACACCAGGUCACGGAGGAUGGAGAGUUCUGGAUGUCCUAUGACGAUUUCAUCUACCAUUUCACAAAGCUGGAGAUCUGCAACCUCACAGCUGAUGCCCUGGAGUCCGACAAGCUUCAGACUUGGACAGUGUCUGUGAACGAGGGCCGCUGGGUGAGGGGCUGCUCUGCUGGAGGCUGCCGCAACUUCCCAGACACUUUCUGGACCAACCCUCAGUACCGUCUGAAGCUCCUGGAGGAGGAUGACGACCCUGACGAGUCCGAGGUGAUCUGCAGCUUCCUGGUGGCCCUGAUGCAGAAGAACCGGCGGAAGGACCGGAAGCUGGGGGCCAACCUCUUCACCAUCGGCUUCGCCAUCUAUGAGGUUCCCAAAGAGAUGCACGGGAACAAGCAGCACCUGCAGAAGGACUUCUUCCUGUACAACGCCUCCAAGGCCAGGAGCAAAACCUACAUCAACAUGCGGGAGGUGUCUGAGCGCUUCCGCCUGCCUCCCAGCGAGUACGUCAUUGUGCCCUCCACCUACGAGCCCCACCAGGAGGGGGAAUUCAUCCUCCGGGUCUUCUCUGAAAAGAGGAACCUCUCUGAGGAAGUUGAGAAUACAAUCUCCGUGGAUCGGCCAGUGAAGAAGAAAAAAACCAAGCCUAUCAUCUUCGUUUCAGACAGAGCAAACAGCAACAAGGAGCUGGGUGUGGACCAGGAAUCAGAGGAGGGCAAAGACAAAACAAGCCCUGAUAAGCAAGCGAAAUCCCCACAGUCAGAGCCCAGCAGCGCUGACCAGGAAAGUGAGGAACAGCAGCAAUUCGGGAACAUUUUCAGGCAGAUAGCAGGCGAUGACAUGGAGAUCUGUGCAGAUGAGCUUAAGAAUAUCCUUAACAGAGUUGUGAACAAACGUGAGUGGCUCAAACUCUGUGAGAAACAGGUGGGUGGUGGGGGCAGUGUGUCCAGUUAUCUGAAAGCAGCUCCUCGCUCUUCUCCAUACCUCCCAGAUAAGGAUCUGAAGACACAAGGCUUCACGCUGGAGUCCUGCCGUAGCAUGAUUGCUCUCAUGGACACAGACGGCUCUGGGAGACUGAACCUGCAAGAGUUCCAUCACCUCUGGAAGAAGAUUAAGGCCUGGCAGAAAAUUUUCAAGCACUAUGACACAGACCAAUCCGGCACCAUCAACAGCUACGAGAUGCGAAAUGCAGUCAAUGACGCAGGCUUCCACCUCAACAACCAGCUCUACGACAUCAUCACCAUGCGCUAUGCAGACAGGUCCAUGAACAUUGACCUCGACAGCUUCAUCUGCUGCCUCCUCAGGCUGGAGGGCAUGUUCAGAGCUUUUAAUGCAUUUGACAAGGAUGGUGACGGUAUCAUCAAACUCAACGUUCUAGAGUGGCUGCAGCUCACCAUGUAUGCCUGAACCAAGCUGGCCUCAUCCAAGGCCAUGCAGGAUCACUCAGGAUUUCAAUUUCACCCAACAGAGCUAGAGCCACUUACCUCAAAGGACACAGUAGCUGCACCCUCAGCAGACCUCCAGGCACCUCAUCGGUCUUGUUCCUCCUCUACUCACUUCCUUCUCAGCCUCAGGGUAUCUGUCCAUCUGUCAUGCCCAGCCUCACCCUUUAGUUAAGGAAUGGGGAAGGGAGAACAACUCUAUCCCUGUGCCACAUGGAGGCAAGUGUCUCUGUCUGCCUCAGCUAGCCAUGGCCCAGUGACAGCUUUGCUUGGAGUCUGAGUGGCCUCAGCUCUGAAGCAAACACUCCCUUUAGCUUGCCCUCGGCUGUUCGCAGAAGCAUUUGCCAGUGGCACUCAACACUUCCUGGUGCUAGAGCCCUCUAUCACCUUUAUAUUCUCCCAGUCCCGGGACAGCAGCCCAAUGAGCAUUUGGUUCUGCCUGACUGUUUCAGGAUGGGCCUGCUCCAGAGUAAACUAGCUCAGCAGAAGAGGGUUGGACACUUUGGGUUAUCUGACUCAUAAGUUUGGUUGCAUUUUGAAAAAAAGUUGAUCUAAAUAAAGGCACCUGUAUAGCUGG